AUGGUCAACUUCACCGUCGAGGAGAUCCGUGGGCUCAUGGACAAGCCCACCAACGUCCGUAACAUGUCCGUCAUUGCCCACGUCGAUCACGGAAAGUCCACCCUCACCGACUCCCUUCUCUCCAAGGCCGGUAUCAUCUCCACCGCCAAGGCCGGAGACGCGAGAGCCACGGAUACCCGUGCCGACGAGCAGGAGCGUGGUAUUACCAUCAAGUCUACCGCCAUCUCCCUGUACCACAACGUCGACCCCGACGAUGUCAAGGACAUUGUUGGCCAGAAGACCGACGGCACCGACUUCCUCAUCAACCUGAUCGACUCCCCCGGUCACGUUGAUUUCUCUUCCGAAGUCACUGCUGCUCUCCGUGUCACUGACGGUGCUCUCGUCGUCGUCGACACCGUCGAGGGUGUCUGCGUCCAGACCGAGACUGUCCUGCGUCAGGCCCUCGGUGAGCGCAUCAAGCCCGUCGUCAUCAUCAACAAGGUCGACCGUGCUCUUCUCGAGCUUCAGGUCUCCAAGGAGGACCUUUACCAGUCCUUCUCCCGUACCAUCGAGUCCGUCAACGUCAUCAUCUCCACCUACUUUGACAAGUCGCUCGGUGACGUCCAGGUCUACCCCGACAAGGGUACCAUCGCCUUCGGUUCCGGUCUUCACGGCUGGGCCUUCACCAUCCGCCAGUUCGCCGUCCGCUACGCAAAGAAGUUUGGUGUCGACCGCAACAAGAUGAUGGAGCGUCUCUGGGGCGACAACUACUUCAACCCCCACACCAAGAAGUGGACCAACAAGAGCACCCACGAGGGCAAGCAGCUCGAGCGUGCCUUCAACCAGUUCAUCUUGGACCCCAUCUUCAAGAUCUUCUCCGCCGUCAUGAACUUCAAGAAGGAGGAGGUCGCCACCCUUCUCCAGAAGCUCGACCUCAAGCUCCCCGUUGAGGACCGCGAGAAGGAGGGCAAGCAGCUCCUCAAGGCCGUCAUGCGCACUUUCCUCCCCGCCGCCGACGCCCUUCUCGAGAUGAUGAUUCUCCACCUCCCCUCCCCCGUCACCGCCCAGAAGUACCGUGCCGAGACUCUGUACGAGGGUCCCCCCGACGAUGAGGCCGCCAUUGCCAUCCGCGACUGCGAUGCCAAGGGUCCCCUCAUGCUCUACGUCUCCAAGAUGGUUCCCACCUCCGACAAGGGUCGCUUCUACGCUUUCGGUCGUGUCUUCGCCGGUACCGUCAAGUCCGGUAUCAAGGUCCGCAUCCAGGGCCCCAACUACACCCCCGGCAAGAAGGAGGAUCUCUUCAUCAAGGCUAUCCAGCGUACCGUCCUCAUGAUGGGUGGCAAGGUCGAGGCCAUCGACGACAUGCCUGCCGGUAACAUUGUCGGUCUCGUUGGUAUUGACCAGUUCCUCCUCAAGUCUGGUACCCUCACCACCUCCGACACCGCCCACAACCUCAAGGUCAUGAAGUUCUCCGUCUCCCCCGUCGUCCAGCGCUCCGUCCAGGUCAAGAACGCCCAGGAUCUCCCCAAGCUCGUCGAGGGUCUCAAGCGUCUCUCCAAGUCCGACCCCUGUGUCCUGACCAUGACCUCCGAGUCUGGUGAGCACAUUGUCGCCGGUGCCGGUGAGCUCCACUUGGAGAUUUGCCUGAACGAUCUCAUGAACGACCACGCCGGUGUUCCCCUCAUCAUCUCCGACCCCGUCGUCCAGUACCGUGAGACCGUUGUUGGCAAGUCCAGCAUCACCGCUCUCUCCAAGUCUCCCAACAAGCACAACCGUAUCUACAUGAUCGCUGAGCCCAUUGACGAGGAGCUCUCCAAGGAGAUCGAGGCUGGCAAGAUCAGCCCCCGUGACGAUUUCAAGGCCCGCGCCCGUGUCCUCGCUGACGACUUCGGCUGGGAUGUCACUGACGCCCGUAAGAUCUGGACCUUCGGCCCCGACACCACCGGUGCCAACUUGCUCGUCGACCAGACCAAGGCCGUCCAGUACCUCAACGAAAUCAAGGACUCCGUCGUCUCUGGUUUCCAGUGGGCCACCCGCGAGGGUCCCGUUGCCGAGGAGCCCAUGCGUUCCGUCCGCUGGAACAUCAUGGAUGUCACCCUCCACGCCGAUGCCAUUCACCGUGGUGGUGGCCAGAUCAUCCCCACCUCCCGCCGUGUCCUGUACGCCGCCGCCCUUCUCGCCGAGCCCGCUCUCCUCGAGCCCGUCUUCUUGGUCGAGAUCCAGGUGCCCGAGCAGGCCAUGGGUGGUGUCUACGGUGUCCUUACCCGCAGACGUGGUCACGUCUUCGGUGAGGAGCAGCGCCCCGGUACUCCCCUGUUCACCAUCAAGGCCUACCUGCCCGUCAUGGAGUCCUUCGGCUUCAACAGUGACCUGCGCCAGGCCACCUCCGGACAGGCCUUCCCCCAGUCCGUCUUUGACCACUGGCAGCCCCUGCCCGGUGGCUCUCCUCUGGACGGCACCUCCAAGGUCGGCCAGAUCGUCCAGGAGAUGCGUAAGCGCAAGGGUCUCAAGGUUGAGGUUCCCGGUGUUGAGAACAUCGCCGUGCCAUAUCCUCCCGAGACAAGACUGAAAUCUGCAGCGGGCAACGGCAGCGGGCAGCAGCAGCGACGCCGACCCUCGCAUGGAUCCCACUUAGGUUUAAAAUCUGAUACAGAGACAGACAUCUUGGCCGACUAUGUCCUUGCUCUUCUCGCCUCGCAGGAAGGCGACGCUGCGCACAUUCGUGCGGCAUGCGAAAGCGAAUUGCCGCAGUUCCUCAACACAGACACCGCGCCGGAAUUUGUUGAUGAGCUGUUUCGCGUCAUCGAGUACAAGUCGUUUCUCCCGGGCGCGCCUCCCCCGCCCAAAAGGUUGACAGAGGCAGACAAUCGCGCGGCGGCUCCGGAGUUUCCGUCUCAGGGUGGUUCGCGAAAGCGCUCAUUCAAUGACAGGGGCGACGCCGGCGCUUCGGGCGAUCGGGACGCGGGCUUCGAGGAGCGCGCUUACAAGCAACCUCGCCGGAGUCAGUGGGACUCGACGGCUUCGGGUGCUGGAGGGUACUCUGCGCAGCCGUUCCCUGCCGAUGGCUCGUUCCAGCUGUCGGCUACGGCGGCGCCGUACGACCCAAACUUCCCGCGAGGAGCACCAACUGGCCCCCAGAACUGGCGCGGGAUGCCUCAGAUGCCACCGGCCUAUCCUCAGGGCGCCGCCCCGCCUCAAGGGCCACGAAGAAACAGGCAGAAAUGCCGCGACUUCGCGACCAAGGGGUACUGCGCUCGGGGAAGCUCAUGCCAGUAUGACCACGGCGUCGAGCCCAUCUGGUUGCCGCCUAGCGGUCCUAGUGGUCCUCAGAAAUUCGAUGACUUUGAUCCCCGAGACGCGGCCAUGAUGAUGUCGCAAAACUUCCAACAAAUGCAGCAGCUCAUGGAGGCAUUCAACGCUGAGCGAUCCAGUCGCGAGGGCCGCAAGAACCGCCGUGCUACUAGAGGCAAACGGCGUCAGAACAGAGCCUCCUUUUCCGCUGAAGGCCCUGUUGAGGAUACCACGAAGACGACAAUCGUCGUGGAGAACAUACCCGAGGAGUACCUGUCUGAGGAGGAAGUCCGCAAGUUCUUCUCCGAGUUUGGCGAUAUUCAAGAGGUCUCGCUGCAGCCUCACAAGCGGCUCGCAACUGUCACGUAUGACACGUGGGAUGCUGCCAAUGCGGCGUACCGGUCUCCCAAGGUCAUCUUUGACAACCGCUUUGUCAGAGUGUUUUGGUUCGUCGAAGAGAGCGAGCAGGCUGCCGCACGCGCUGCUGCCAAUGGCGAAGACCCAGACGCUGAGCCGGAGAUUGAUCUUGAGGAGUUUAUGAAGAAGCAAGAAGAGGCCCAGCGGCAGCACGAGGAAAAAGCGCAAAAGAAGGCAGAGCUAGACAAGCAACGCCAAGAACUGGAGCAGCGGCAACGCGAGCUUCUCGCCCAGCACCGCGAGGUUCAGCAGAAGCUUCAAGCUAAGUUGGCCUCGAAGAACGGCGAUGGAGGGGAGAAUGGAGAAGAGGGCUCGUUGAAUUCGGCGCUCCGCGCGCAGCUCGCGGCUCUCGAAGACGAGGCUAAGCUCCUCGGUCUCGACCCGAGCGCGACGGAUGAACCGUCCAACUCGUGGCAUGCGAGCUAUCGCGGACGGGGUCGCGGCAGAGGCGGCUUCGUCCCGCGUGGCCGUGGCUACGCUCCUCGAGGAAGAGGAUCAUACCGCGGCGGGUACCAAGGCGAUGUCCACGUCGCCUACGCCGCGUACUCGCUCGACAACCGUCCUCGGACUGUGUCCGUCACGGGUGUGGACUUUACUUCGUCUGAGAAGGACGAGGUGCUUCGGCAAUAUUUGCUUGCUGUCGGUGAAUUCACAGACAUCAACACCACCCCGUCCAAGACCGAAGUCACCUUCAAGGACCGCAAGACGGCUGAGAAGUUCUUUUACGGUCUCCCCAAGCAGGAGAUCCCGGGCAUCGACGGCCAACUCGAGCUGUCGUGGGUCGCCACGCCCCUGGCCCCCGUCAAGACUGUUGAGAAUGGCGCAUCGUCAAAGACCCAGGGCGCGUCUGACCAUGAUAUGGCCAUGGGCAACGCCGCACCUAAUGGAUCGUCGGCGGCACGUGACCUGAUGGAGCAGCAGCCGGAACAGCAGCGGGAUAUGGACUAUGAUGUUGCGGAUGACGAUGACUGGGGAGUUGAGUAG